GUUUUAGUUGUUUUUCUAGUAGAAACUUAUGCUGUUUCAAAUCAAUUUCAACUUGAGAUCCUGGAUGCCACACCCUGGGGGUGUUUGUGCAAAAUCAAACGAUGUGGAAAAGACCAUGCCACUGCAUUGCAACGUGGCCCCCAUUCGAGUUCUCAAAUAUCUUGUUUACAGAGCAUUUCACUGCAAAGCGAUUGGUUAAAGUUCAAGAGCUUGAACACCGCCUGCACUUUGGCUCAAACCAGCUAUGCUUUUGACCAACCUUUUCCUAUGAAAAAUUUUUUGAGCUCCCUUACUCACAUUACUCAUUGUACUCUCGAUCAGUUCACGCCUUACAGCUUUAGUACCAAGGCAGCCGUCGAGAGUGGAAGUUGUGGUGAGGUCUUCCGUCAACUAGGUUGUAUUUUGACCUGCAGAACAGCAACUGCCAAAAGUCGUGAUACGAUGGGGGCAAUGAAGAACGCCACAACUCCUAGCGUGCCUGCCAAGUUUGUUGAUGAUUCGGCUAUUAUUAGCGAGAAGGCGAAGAGCAGUAAUAACAAACAGUUUCCUCCUAAUAAAACGGAUGAUGCUGGUUGUAAGGCUGUCGGUGAAGUCCGACCAGCCGUGCAAAUCGUUUGGAGAAAUGUCUUGAUUUUCAUUUACCUCCAUGUCGCUGCGUUGUAUGGAUUCUAUCUCUGUUUCACGGCAGCUAAACUGCCAACUUUAGUCUGGGCCUUCGCUUUGUUUGUUUUCGGUGGAUUUGGGAUAACGGGUGGGGCUCACCGAUUAUGGGCUCAUCGCUGUUACAAGGCGAAAUUGCCUUUACGUGUCUUUGCAGCUGUGGGACAAACCCUUGCUCUGCAGAAUGACAUUUACGAGUGGAGCAGAGAUCACCGUGUCCACCACAAGUUUAGUGAGACUGAUGCUGACCCUCAUAAUGCGCGUCGAGGUUUUUUCUUUGCUCACGUUGGCUGGUUGUUAUGCAAAAAACAUCCUGAAGUCAUUCGACGGGGAAAGACGGUUGACGUCAGCGAUCUUUUGCAAGAUCCGGUCGUUUUCUACCAGCGAAAGUUCUACAUCCCAUUGGUUUUAAUUUUUUGUUUCGCAAUGCCAACUGUCGUACCUUGGUAUUAUUGGGGCGAGUCCUUGACAACUGCCUUCUUCGUCGCUUCAAUCUUUCGCUACGUGAUCACGCUUAACGUUACCUGGCUCGUUAACAGUGCGGCACACAUGUGGGGCAAUCAUCCAUACGACAAGGGAAUAAAUCCUGCCGAAAACCGGUUCGUUGCUUUCAUCACAUCCGGUGAAGGAUGGCACAAUUAUCACCACGUUUUCCCCUGGGAUUACAAAGCAUCGGAAUUAGGAAAAUACAGCACAAACACGACGAAAGCUAUCAUUGAUUUCUUUGCUUGGCUAGGUCUGGCUUACGACUUGAAAAGCGUACCGGAAAGCAUCAUUCGCAGCCGCGUUCAACGAACAGGAGAUGGCACUCACCCUUUCACCUUGGAAGAUAGCCCUUAUGUUUUUGACGACAUGAAAUUUGAAGAAACACAGUUUUGUGAAAUAAUUCCAAAAGAAAACAGAGAUAAAGAUGUUUAAAGUGCCCGUUAUCAAAGUCCAUUGCAGUUUCGUUUCAUAUAAUCAAUUUGUACUCAACGGAUUCGUUUGGAAAUACGAGCUGUGAUUCUGCAGUGCUUUGAUAAGGUUCAGUCAAAAUUAUCGGUUGAGAUGUCGGAUCUGAAUCUCUCCAGGAAGUCUAAAAAACCAAAUUCAGCUAUAUUUUGUUUACACGCCCCUUUUAAAAUGUUUUGAAUACAAUUGUUUGUUUUUCUCCA